AUGGCCACCGCCGCCGUCGUCUCGGCGGCGGCUCUCCCCGCCGCGCCGUCGCCGUCGCCGGUGCGUUAUACACCCCGCCGAGCGGCGCUUCGCGACGUGCCUCAGCUCCACGCGGCUCUGCUCAAGUCCGGUGAGCUCACCACUUCGCCAGAGUCCUUCCACUCCUUCCUCGAGGCUACCGCGCUGCCGUCGCCGGCCACCACCGCGGCCCACCUCUCCUACGCGAUCCGCCUGCUCCGCCUAGGCCCCCACCCGCCCCUCUCCGCGCGGUCGUACAACAUCCUUAUCCGUGCCCUCUUCCGCGCGGGCCACCCGGAGGAUGCCCUCCACCUGUUCGUCGAAAUGCUCGAUGCUGCCAUUGCUGCCAACGUCUGCCCCGACCAGCACACCAUUGCUAACACCGUAAAGUCCUGCGCCAGGAUGUAUGCCUUGGCUACAGGGCGCAGUGUUCAGGCGUACGCUGUCAAGCUUGGGUUCAUGGCCGAUCAGUUUGUGCUGAACAGCUUGAUACAUAUGUACGCGAGCUGUGGGGAUGUCGCAGCGGCACAGGUGCUGUUCAACACAGUGGAGGAAAAGGGUGUGGUUACAUGGAAUGCGAUGAUAGCGGGGUACGUUAAGAAUGGAGACUGGAAGGAGGUAGUGGAGAUGUUUAAGGGUAUGCUUGAGGUUCAGGCACCAUUUGAUGAAGUCACAUUGGUGAGUGUUGCCACAGCAUGCGGAAAAAUAGGUGAUUCUAAGCUCGGCGAGCGGAUUGGAGUUUAUGCAGAGGAGAAGGGAAUGGUGAGGAACAGAAACUUGGCAACUGCGCUGGUUGACAUGUAUGCCAAGUGUGGAGAACUUGAUAAGGCGCGCAGAUUGUUUGACAGGAUGCACUCCCGGGAUGUGGUUGCUUGGAGCGCGAUGAUCUCUGGCUACACUCAAGCCGACCGUUGUCGAGAGGCACUUACUAUUUUCAAUGAGAUGCAGGCUACCGAGGUGAACCCGAAUGACGUAACCAUGGUCAGUGUGCUCUCUGCCUGUGCUGUCCUGGGUGCACUUGAGAUGGGCAAGUGGGUGCAUUCAUACAUAAGGAGAAAGGCCUUGCCCCUUACAGUUGUUCUCGGCACUGCGCUGGUGGACUUCUAUGCAAAGUGUGGAUGCAUUGAAGAUGCAGUCAAGGCAUUUGAGUCGAUGCCUGUGAGGAAUUCUUGGACGUGGACAGCCUUGAUAAAGGGCAUGGCAAGCAACGGAAGAGGCAGAGAAGCGCUGGAGCUCUUCUCUUCCAUGCGGGAGGCCAAUAUUGAGCCUACAGAUGUCACAUUCAUUGGUGUUCUCCUAGCUUGCAGCCACAACUGCUUAGUUGAGGAGGGUCGCCGGCAUUUUGAUAGUAUGACCCAGGAUUAUGGCAUCCAUCCAAGGAUUGAGCACUAUGGCUGUAUGGUUGAUCUGUUGGGACGGGCAGGUUUGAUUGAUGAGGCGCACCAGUUUAUCAGGAAUAUGCCAAUUGAGCCAAAUGCAGUUGUCUGGAGGGCACUGCUGUCUGCUUGCACGGUUCACAAAAAUGUUGAAAUCGGAGAAGAAGCCCUGAAGCAGAUCAUCCCACUAGAUCCCUGUCACAGUGGUAACUACAUACUUCUAUCAAACACCUAUGCAUCAGUGGGACAAUGGAAAGAGGCAGCUAUGAUUCGGAAGGAAAUGAACGAGAGAGGGAUCAAGAAAAUUCCUGGGUGCAGUCUCAUUGAGCUGGAUGGGACGAUCUUCGAGUUCUUUGCUGAAGACAGCGAACACCCCCAGUCGAGGGAGAUAUAUGAGAAAGUGGAUGAGAUGAUUGAAAACAUCAAGAUGGCGGGGUACGUCCCAAAUACAGCUGACGCAAGGCUAGAUGUUGAUGAAUCUGAGAAGCAAGUGUCCGUUUCGCAUCACAGCGAGAAGCUGGCCAUUGCGUUUGGCCUGAUGAAGUCGCGCCCUGGCGCAACGAUCCGGCUGUCGAAGAACCUGAGAGUGUGCGUGGACUGCCACUCCGCCACGAAGUUGAUCUCCAAGGUGUACAACAGGGAGAUUGUUGUUCGAGACAGGAACAGGUUUCACCAUUUCAAGGAUGGAUUGUGCUCCUGCAAUGAUUACUGA